GCAAGAAGAAAUGGUUUGAACCGAGCAGUUUUCGGAUGAAAAUAAAGUUAUGGUUUUGAGUUAAUAGCUCGCGAUGACCUUAAGCGGUUGUCAACAUUUACAAAAAAUAAAAACAGAAAAAGGUCUUGAUUCAUACAAAAUCCUCCAUGCAUGCUUCAUAAGUUGUAAAACAGCGGAUGCAAGGCGUCGCAAGGCCCGACACAGUGUUUGCCACACGUGUCGUGUGUAUGAGUUGCGACUGCACGCUUGCAUGUCCUGCGUCUAUUUCGGCUGCCAUCAAGAAGAGCACAUUCAGAGUCAUGCAAGAGCAAAUGAACACUGGAUAGCUGUUGACAUGUCCUAUGGCAUGGUAAGAUGCUUUGCCUGUGACGAUUACGUGUAUGACAAGGACAUUGACAAAAUUGCCAAAACUCUCAACUACAGGUCUUCCAUACCAGCUGCUCUUAAUCAGUUUGCUGUUUGGCAGCCUAAUCAUAAAGAAGUUGAAUUGCUGCGUAAGAAUUGUAAGAGGCGACGGGUGGAGGAUUCGUCAACAAUAGGCCUUCGAGGACUGAUCAAUCUCGGCAACACAUGUUUCAUGAACACGAUCGUGCAGGCACUGAUCCAUACGCCGGUGCUCAGAGAGUACUUUCUGGCAGACAGGCACGUCUGUCAGUUGCUGAAGGAAGAAAAUGAGCAGUGUCUUGUCUGUGAGCUGUCCAGCAUUUUUCAAGAGUUUUACUCUGGCAUCAGUUCGACGUACAUUCCGUACCGACUUUUGCACCUUGUUUGGACCAGUGCGCGACAUCUAGCUGGAUAUGAACAACAGGAUGCCCAUGAGUUCCUGAUUGCAGCUCUGGACCUGUUGCAUCGUCACUGUAUAGCUGGACCUAACGAUCGCAGUGGAAGCAGUCCACACAACUGCCAAUGCAUCAUAGACCAGAUAUUCACAGGCGGAUUGCAGUCUGACGUUACGUGCCAAAUGUGCAAUAAUGUGUCGACCACUAUAGACCCGAUAUGGGAUAUAUCUUUGGACCUUGGAACACGUCUUUACAAUGGCUCAAACACAACAAAUAUCUCUGGCUAUUCUAACAGCCCCAGCAAUUAUGACCCUACCUCACUCAUUGACUGCUUAAAAAGAUUUACAAAGCCAGAACAUCUAGGGAGUUUGGCUAAAAUCAAGUGCAGCAGUUGUGGUUGUUACCAGGAGUCCACGAAACAACUUACGAUGAAGAAGCUACCCAUUGUUGCCUGCUUUCACCUCAAGAGAUUUGAACAUUCUACGGGUUACCACAAGAAGAUCUCGACCUAUGUGUCCUUUCCCGAGGAGUUGGACAUGACGCCAUUUAUGUCAUCGUCGAAGAUACAAAAUGGUGAUAUCAACGGUUGUACCAAAGGGCUUUCCUGUAAAAACAAGUACUCAUUGUUUGCCGUGGUAAAUCACAGUGGAACAAUAGAGUGCGGGCACUACACGUGUUAUAUACGACAGCACAAGAACCAGUGGUUCAAAUGCGAUGAUCACCUUAUAACGCGUGCACUACCUCAAGAGGUGCUCAACAGCGAAGGAUACCUGUUGUUUUACCACAAGCAGAUUCUAGAGUAUGAAUGAAUUUGAAUGAUUAAGAGAAAGAGCGGGGUUCACCACAGUAUUACCAGCUAACAGCCAUGUUAGAAACAAGUCUUCAUAUUUUGUGUAGUCGCAAAUGGAGCUUUGGAUUAGUUCAGUGUUAAAAAUAAUUGUCAUUUGUUGUUGUCAGUAAUUUUUAUAUUACGCUAAAGAAUAAUAGUAAUACUGGUAAUAUAAUUGUCCCCUACCGAUUUCACCGGAGGGGACUUAUGGUUUGCGCUCUGUGUGUCCGUAAGUCUGUGAGUCUGUCACACUUUUCUGGAUCCUGCGAUAACUUAAUAUUUUUUCAUGAAACUUGAAACAUGGAUAGAUGGCAAUAAGGACAUUAUGCACGUAAUUUCAUUUUAUUCCUAUGUCAAAAAUUCUGGUUGCUAUGGCAACAACAAACAAAAAAUUCUGACAAUGAUGGAGCGGGUAGGGGACAUAUAUUGCUUGGCAAUAGUCUUGUAAUACUUAUAACAGUAACUUAUGUAUUUUUAGCUCACCUGAGCACAACGUGCUCAUGGUGAGCUUUUGUGAUCGCUUUUUGUCCGUCGUAUGUUGUGAGGCGUCAACAUUUGCCUUGGUAACUCUCUAGAGUCCACAUUUAACUCUCUAGAGUCCACAUUUAUUGUCCAAUCUUCAUGAAAUUUGAUCAGAAGAUUGGUUUCAAUGAUAACUUGGAUGAGUUCGAAAAUGGUUACGUUUGCUUGAAAAACAUGGCUGCCAAGGGGCGGGGCAUUUUUCCUUAUAUGGCUAUAGUAAAAUCUUGUUAACACUCUAGAGGCCACAUUUACUUUCUGAUCUUCAUAAAACUUGGUCAGAAGAUUCAUCCUAAUAAUAUCUUGGACAUGUUCGAAUAUGAUGCAAGUUGGUUGAAAAACAUGGCCGCCAGGGGGCGGGGCAUUUUUCCUUAUAUGGCUAUAGUAAAACCUUGUUAACACUCUAGAGGCCACAUUUAUUUUCCGAUCUGCAUGAAACUUGCUCAGAAGAUUUGUCCCACUGAUAUCUUGGAUGAGUUCAAAAAUGGUAACCUUUGCUUGAAAAACAUGGCUGCCAAUGGGCGGGACAUUUUUCCUUAUAUGGCUAUAGUAAAAUCUUGUUAACACUCUAGAGGCCACAUUUAUUGUCCAAUCUUAAUGAAACUUGGUCAGAAGAUUCAUCCCAAAUAAUAGCUGGGAUGAGUUCGAAAAUGAUGCUGGUUGGUUGAUAAACAUGGCCGCCAGGGGGCGGGGCAUUUUUCCUUAUAUGGCUAUAGUAAAACCCUGUUAAUACUCUAGAGGCCACAUUUAUUGUCCAAUCUGGAUGAAAUAUGGUCAGAAGAUUUUUCUUAAUGAUAUCUUGGAUGAGUAUGAAAAUGGUAAAGUUUGCAUGAAAAACAUGGCCGCCAAGGGACGGGGCAUUUUUCCUUAUAUGGCUAUAUAAGGCUAUAGUAAUAUCUUGUUAACACUCUAGAGGCCACAUUUAUAGUCCGAUCUUCAUGAAACUUGGUCAGAAGAUUCAUCCUAAUAAUAUCUUGGAUGAGUUCAAAAUUGAUGCCGGUUGGUUAAAAAACAUGGCCACCACGGGGGCGGGGCUAUUUUCCUUAUAUGGCUUUAGUAAAACCUUGUUAACACUCUAGAGGCCACAUUUAUUUUCCGAUCUUCAUGAAACUUGCUCAGAAGAUUUGUCCCACUGAUAUCUUGGAUGAGUUCAAAAAUGGUAACCUUUGCUUGAAAAACAUGGCUGCCAAUGGGCGGGACAUUUUUCCUUAUAUGGCUAUAGUAAAAUCUUGUUAACACUCUAGAGGCCACAUUUAUUGUCCAAUCUUAAUGAAACUUGGUCAGAAGAUUCAUCCCAAAUAAUAGCUGCCAGGGAUGAGUUCGAAAAUGAUGCUGGUUGGUUGAAAAACAUGGCCGCCAGGGGGCGGGGCAUUUUUCCUUAUAUGGCUAUAGUAAAACCCUGUUAAUACUCUAGAGGCCACAUUUAUUGUCCAAUCUGGAUGAAAUAUGGUCAGAAGAUUUUUCUUAAUGAUAUCUUGGAUGAGUUUGAAAAUGGUAAAGUUUGCAUGAAAAACAUGGCCGCCAAGGGACGGGGCAUUUUUCCUUAUAUGGCUAUAUAAGGCUAUAGUAAUAUCUUGUUAACACUCUAGAGGCCACAUUUAUAGUCCGAUCUUCAUGAAACUUGGUCAGAAGAUUCAUCCUAAUAAUAUCUUGGAUGAGUUCAAAAUUGAUGCCGGUUGGUUGAAAAACAUGGCCACCACGGGGGCGGGGCUAUUUUCCUUAUAUGGCUUUAGUAAAACCUUGUUAACACUCUAGAGGUUACAUUUAUUUUCCAAUCAUCAUGAAACUUGGUCAGAAGAUUUGUCCCACUGAUAUCUUGGAUGAGUUCGAAAAUGGUUUUGGUUGCUUGAAAAACAUGGCCACAAGGGGCGGGGCAUUUUUCCUUAAUAUAUGGCUAUAUAUGGCUAUAGUAAAAUCUUGUUAACACUCUAGAGGCCACAUUUAGUGUCCAAUCUUCAUGAAAUUUGAUCAGAAGAUUGGUCCUAAUGAUAUCUUGGAUAAGUUCGAAAAUAAUUAUGUUUGCUUGAAAAACAUGGCUUCCAAGGGGUGGGGCAUUUUUCCUUAUAUGGCUAUGGUAAAAUUUUAUUAACACUCUAGAGGCCACAUUUACUGUCCGAUCUUCAUGAAACUUGGUCAGAAGAUUUAUCCAGAUAAUAUCUUGGACGAGUUCAAAAAUGAUGCAGGUUGGUUGAAAAACAUGACUGCCAGCGGGCGGGCAUUUUCCUUAUAUAGCUAUUAUCUAUAAUAAAACUUUGUUAACACUCUAGAGGCCACAUUUAUUUUCCGAUCUUCGUGAAACUUGGUCAGAAGAUUUGUCCCAAUCAUAUCUUGUUAUCUCAGGUGAGCGACUUUGGGCCUUUCAGGCCCUCUUGUUUGUAUAAUAUAUAGGCUACAUUAAUAAUACAGUUAUGGUUGUGUAACUAUUCAUUUUUUAAUGAUAAUAAUAAUAAUAAUCAUACCUCUGUAAGACAAAAUAGUAACACGUAGCAUAUAUACAUUUUAUAACACAUUUAUUUGUGUGUUUGCAAACUGGGCACAGUGGGUCAAGGUCAAACAAACAAAUAAAUUAAAUUACUUGUUAGGUUAAAUAAUUUCUCUGCUGAACAAACAGUUGGGUUUAGAAAAAAACACACCAGAAACUUGGACAAGAACAAGAAAACUUGGGUGCGCUAUUCUCAAACAGCUCUUGUUAGUUGGCUGUUUUCGGAGAAAACCCAAGGUGUGGUCAUAGCUAGCUCGUCAUGUCGUCCGCUGUCGUCAUGCUAAAACCAUUACAUUUUUCUCUAAAAUCAAAGUGCUUCCACCUACAACUUUGAAACUGCAUAUGUAAAUGUACCUUGAUGAGUGCUACACGCCACACCCGUUUUUAGGUCACUAGGUCAAAGGUCAAGGUCACUGUGACCUUUAAAAAAAUCAAAAAAAUCUUUCAUUUAUUCAAAAAUGCACCUGCAGACGAGCGUUGGCACCCAUUAUGCUGUGGUCUUGUUGUAUUUGUUGUGGUCAAUACUGUUAAAGGUAAAUGUUCUUCUUAUAUGGAGGUCAAGCAGAAAACAACAUUCGAAGUUGUAUUCUGAAAACAUCUAAAAUGAAUCUGAUAUGUCUAAAAAAUAUUUUGGAGAACUAGUUAUUGAUUUGUUAUUUAGUUUUUAUGUAUGAACGUCAGAUCCGUUGGUACAAAUUAUGAAAUAUUUAACAGAUUUCACUCUUAACAUAUGAAACACAAAUGUUGACAAAAAAUAAUAUUUUUUGCAGAUAUAAAAAAUUGGGUCAAGACAAUUCGUUCCUAUGGUUAAGGAUAAAGGUUUGCUUAAUAUGGUGCAUCUGGCAAAUGACCCCAAAUACUGUUGCCUUAAAAGUCACCAGUAUAGUUUUAGGGAUAUUGAUUGUGUGACUCAUGGAGUCAGUUAUGCUGUGAACCAUUGCUAGAGUGUUCAAGAUUUUUAGUUCACCUGAGCACAAUGUGCUCAUGGUGAGCUUUUGUGAUCGCUUUUUGUCCGUAGUCCGUUGUCCAUUGUGCGGCGUCAACAUUUGCCUUGUUAACUCUCUAGAGUCCACAUUUAUGGUCCAAUCUUCAUGAAAUUUGGUCAGAAGAUUGGUUUCAAUGGUAUCUUGGAUGAGUUCGAAAAUGGUUACAUUUGCUUGAAAAACAUGGCUGCCAAGGGGCGGGGCAUUUUUCCUUAUAUGGCUUUAUAUGGCUAUAGUAAAAUCUUGUUAACACUCUAGAGGCCACAGUUAUUGUCUGAUGUUUAUAAAACUUGGUCAGAAGAUUCAUCCCAAUAAUAUCUUGGACAAGUUCCAUAUUGAUGCGGGUUGGUUGAAAAACAUGGCCGCCAGGGGGCGUGGCAUUUUUCCUUAUAUGGCUAUAGUAAAACCUUGUUAACACUCUAGAGGCCACAUUUAUUUUCCGAUCUUCAUGAAACUUGGUCAACAGAUUUGUAUCACUGAUAUCUUAAAUGAGUUAAAAAAUGGUAACCUUUGCUUGAUAAACAUGGCUGCCAAAAGGCGGGGCAUUUUUCCUUAUAUGGCUACAAUAAAAUCUUGUUAUCACUCUAGAGGCCACAUUUAUUGUCCAAUCUUCAUGAAACUUGGUCAGAAGAUUCAUCCCAAUCAUAUCUUGGACGAGUUUGAAAAUGAUGCCGGUUGGUUGAAAAACAUGGCCACCAUGGGGGCAGGGCUAAUUUCCUUAUAUUGCUAUAGUAAAACCUUGUUAACACUCUAGAGGUCACAUUUAUUUUCCGAUCAACAUGAAACUUGGUCAGAAGAUUUGUCCCAAUGAUAUCUUGGAUGAGUUUGAAAAUGGUUUUGGUUGCUUUAAAAACAUGGCCACCAGGGGCGGGGCAUUUUUCCUUAUAUGGCUAUAGUAAAACCUUGUUAACACUCUAGAGGCCACAUUUAUUGUUUAAUCUUCAUGACAUUUGGUCAGAAGAUUGGUCUCAAUGAUAUCUUGGAUGAGUUUGAAAAUAAUUAUGUUUGCUUGAACAAAAAUAGCUUCCAAGGGGUGGGGCGUUUUUCCUUAAAUGGCUAAAGGAAAAUCUUGUUAACACUCUAGAGGCCACAUAUACUGUCCGAUCUUCAUGAAACUUGGUCAGAAGAUUCGUCCCGAUAAUAUCUUACAAGAGUUAAAAAAUGAUGCUGGUUGGUUGAAAAACAUGGCUUCCAGGGGGCAGGGCAUUUUUCCUUAUAUGGCUUUAGUAAAACCUUGUUAACACUCUAGAGGCCACAUUUAUUUUCCGAUCUUUGUGAAACUUGGUCAGAAGAUUUGUCCCAAUAAUAUCUUGUUAUCUCAGGUGAGCGACUUUGGGCCUUUCAGGCCCUCUUGUAUGCUGUACAUUGUAUUUUUUGUGUGAGGUUUUCUAUCAAAGACAUUGUGUUCAUGUAAAAAGUAAUGUGAUAAUUUAGAACGCUAUAUAAUUUCUAUUAGAAAUGUAUGCAUGUACACGAGUGUAUGAGUUUCUAUUGAUUCCUUUGCCUUAUUGCCACUGUCUUGAUUUGUAUUAUUUAAACUUGUAAUUCCAGGUUAUUUUGGUUUUGCAAAAAAAUGCCCUUGAAACAUUUAAGUUGCAUUCACUGGAAACUUUGGCAAAAUUAUUACCAGCCUUUGUUUAUUCAUUACUGGUAUAAUGUCAACCGUAUUAUUUUCUACCUUACCAACAAUACUUAUGAUUAGCGUAAAUGUUGUGUCAAGUUACAUUUUCAGAAGCCUUUCUGCGUUCAAUUAAUUCAAAUAUAUAUAUAUCUAUAUGGUCGUUCUAUUAAUGUGCUAGAAUGUGUAUGAAUACUUUUGAUAUUGUUUGUUUUGUUUAUAUCUUACUCCUGUGAUAUCAGUUAUUUAUAGAUUUUUCUACUUGCCCAGCGAUGUUCAUAUGUUGCAUAUCACGUGUUAUUACCUAUUAGUGUUUUUCUUGCACUUGAAUUUUUUGCUGAUAAAUAAGCAAUUAUGCUUGCAAAUAUUUUGACACUCAAGAGAUGAUAAUGAUUUCUCCCACGGUAAAGUAGUAGGGUGGGGGGGUGUAUGCUGUAUUCACCAUGGACGUUGGUUAGUCUGUUUGUCUGUCUGACACAGUACUCCUUCACUUUUCAACAAUUGACACAUACAAAGUUAAAACUUGCAUGUAUUCUUUUUUUUUAUAUGAAGUUGUGAAUGUGCCAUUUAGAUUGUCUUACAUUAAUAAUUGCUGAAGCUAUGCCCCAGUUUCACAUUAGAAUUUCUGAUUUUUACAACUUAUUAACCUUAUUACAUAUUAUCCAAAUGUGACAACAGGGAUUUUCAUCACUACUGUGUAAAGGUUAAGUAAGUGUAGUUAACAGUUGUUAACUGUAUGUUUUUUGUCUUGCUCAUAAAUUAAUAUUCUUUGUCCAUUAAGUGUCCCCCACCUCUACAGCUGCAUGAUUUUCAUAUUUAAAAAGAAAAUUGUUUUUAUAUUGACAAAUCUUGUUAGGCACUUGGUGAUAUAAUACCCUUUGAAAAGGGUUUAAUACCGUUCUCGGUGUACUCUUUAAAUGUAUUUUACCUGAAGCAGAAAUGCAUUAAUGAACUUGUGGUAAGAUGUUAAAUGCUUAUCUUUCUUAUUUUGCAAAUUGUAUUGAGUAUUUAUAAGUCUUAUUAUGAUCAUAUUCACUACAUUAGUAAGAUAUUUGUAAGCUGGUAUGAAAAAAUACAAUACAAAAUUAU